AUGCCUAAAUUCUCUACUCCCACGCAUUCAAGCAGGAGGGUAGUCAUUGUUGGCCUUAAAAAUAAGAAUAUUUGCAGAGCAAACCCAGUACAAGUGUUCAAAGAAAUUCAUAAUCUGGUAGGCAAUCUGAAUGGGAAAGAGAAAGUGAAAAAUAUGAUGAUUUUGAAAUGUGAGAAUGACAUACAAGUCAUGAAAUUGUUGGAACUAACCAAGCUUGCUGGUAUAGACGUUAAAGCAACGCGUUAUGAAGAUAAUCAUGAUUUUACAACGAAAGGUGUUAUUCAUAGAAUAGAUACACAGAUAAGUAAUGAGGAAAUUGCAGAAGUAUUGAAAGAUCAGAAGGUAAUUCAUGCUAAGCGUUUUAUGAAGAAGAUCGAUGGUGAAAUAGUACCAACCCCAUCAGUUCUCAUCACCUUCAAAGGCAAGAAUAAACCCGAGACAGUGAACUUUCUGUAUGAGCUUAAACGUGUGGACAACUUUAGUCCACCGGUGCCAAGGUGUCACAAAUGUCAACUUUUUGGGAACAUGAAGGAAAACUGCAAGGGUAAAUUGCGCUGUGUGAGAUGUGGAGGGGAACAUGAUUUUGAAGAGUGCCCACAAAAGGAAAAUCGAAAAUGCUUUAGAUGUGGAGAUAAACACUCGGCGGCGUAUCAAGGUUGCAAAAUUUACAUAGAGGCAAAACAAAUACAAAAGGUUAAAUUGAAGGAAAACAUUACAUACGCACAAGCGACUAGGGUGUAUCGCACUCAAAAAAAUGAAAUAGUGGAAGAGGAAAGUAAGACCAUUAGAACUAGCGACACUAAAGAAAACACUCAAAGGAAACUAAAGAAUGUUGGUCCCAUUUCAAAUUCAAUGGCAUCUGACCACGAAUCAAUCCAACAAUCAAAGAUUCCGCGCCCAAUCCGAGUACAAAGGAACAAUGAAGGAAGGCGGGAAAGAGAUAAGGAGUCAGGGCAAGGAACUGAGUCGAAUAACCAAAAGAAAGAUACUGUCAACACAUUAAUGAGUGUAGCACCCCUGGAUUUCAUUAUGUUUAUUCUAUUUGUGAUACGUAAGUUACCACAGUCUGAAAACGAUGAUCAGUUUUUGGAAUCUGUUGUACAUGCUAGUCGUAAUUUCUUAAAGACAGACAUAACAUUGGAAAUGGUCAAGUGCCACCUUAAAUAAAACAGUCUGUCUCUGAUCUAGUAAUAGUCCAGUGGAAUGCUCAAGGCAUGGUUUCGCAUGGGUCGGACUUUCUAACUUCUCUUUUUGAUAAUAAUUUAUUGGGUUCCAACCCAGACAUUAUUUGUAUUCAGGAAACAUGGUUAAUGAUUUUAAUGUAUCGUUCAUUCCUAAUUAUUUUUGUGUUUGUAGAAACAGACAGGAUGGUAGGAGAGGUGGUCUGGCUAUGUAUUUUAAAAAGGACAUCGCUUUCCAGGUUAUGAAAGUUCAAGAGUUAAUCGAAUAUCAAAGGGUAGAUAUUUUUUCAAAGAAAGGCAUUAUUUCCAUUAUCAAUUAUUAUAAUCCCUGUAAAAAGAUUGAACUAGAAGAAUUAAACUUCAUGAUUAGAAAUGUGCCAGGGGAGCUUAUUAUUUUAGGUGACUUUAAUAGCCACAAUCCUCUAUGGGGGAGCAGCAAGCUCGAUUCCAACGGAAGAACUGUUGAAUCUUUCAUGGAGGUUAAUGAUCUAGCAUUACUCAAUGACGGAUCACCAACAAGACUAGACCCGCACUUUGGUUCUUAUUCCAUGUUGGAUUUAUCUAUAGUCUCCAAGGAACUAGCUUGUAGUAUGGAGUGGCAAGUAUUGACCAAUAACUUUGGCAGCGACCACAAUGCAAUCGUGAUCAAAUUAAUACAGACAAAUAACGUAAAUAUUAAAGAAAACGCAACUAUAGGUAUUAGAUGGAGUUUUAGAAACGUAAACUGGGAAGAGUAUAGAAAAGCAAUUACAAAUGAAUUACUUAAUCUAAAUUACAAGAGACAUUACUCGGCAUGUAAUUUGGAUAUUCAAGGACGAUAUGAUAUAAUAGUUAAGGUAAUCUUGAAUGCUUCGAAGAGGUGUAUUCGUCGAGUGCGAAUAGGAGGAGAAAACAGAGGUAAAAUAACUCCCUGGUGGAACGAAGCAUGUCAAAAAGCGGUGGCGGAGAGAAAUCAUAUUAAAAACAGAUUACGAAGAUAUUAUGAUAAAAAUGAUGUUCAACUAUACUUGAAAAAGAAAGCAUUUGCUCAGAAGGUGCAACGGCGAGCACGAUAUGACUAUUGGUCUAAAUACUGCGGUAAAAUGAAUAGAUUUACAGAUAUCGGAAAAGUAUGGAAACAAGUAAAAGGAAUGAGAGAUAGCGCAAUGAACACUCAUAUUUUUCACAAUUUAAUCAUUGACGGCAAUAUCAUUAGUGAAUCUAAAGAUAAGGCUAAUGCGGUCGCCCGUUUUUUCAAGUCUAUUGACAGAUCUUUUUAUAAUAAUGAUCAUGAUGAUGGUGAAAAUGAAGAUAAUUUAUGUAAAGAAAUGUCGAAUGAUGACUGCAUUAAUGACGAUUUUAACAUGAAUGAAAUGAAGAAUGUUUUACAAGAUUUGAAAAACUCAGCGCCAGGUAAGGAUGAUAUUCAUGCGAUUCUGUUAAAAAACUUACCCCAAAUAGCGCUUGAUGUCAUAUUAGAUCUGUACAACGACAUAUGGAAAACUUCACAUUUCCCUUGUCAGUGGUAUGAAGUUGUUCAAAUACCUAUUUUGAAACCUGGAAAGGAUCCUAGUUUAGUGUCGUCCUAUAGACCAAUUUCUUUAUUAUCAACCCUGUUUAAAGUCAUGGAGAAAAUGAUUAAAAACCGUCUGAAUUGGUUUUUAGAUAAUAAGAAGAAGUUAAACCCACUUCAAUCAGGAUUCCGCAAAUAUCGUAGCGUCAAAGAUCAUUUAGUCAGGAUUGAAACAGAUGUUCAUUUAGCAUUG